AUGGCGUCUCUUAACGGCGGUGGGCGCGAUUUGCAGCGGGGACACGAAGCACCCCAGCGUCGCUCGGCAGCGGGAGGGAGGGAGGGAGCUGCCCGCAGCCAGGGGGGCAGUACUGCCGCCGCCGCCACCACCACCUCUGCCGGCCCGAGGUGCAUCGAGGUUCCCCGGCCCCCCUCCAUCGAGGAGUUCACCAUCGUGAAGCCCAUCAGCCGCGGCGCCUUCGGGAAGGUGUAUCUGGGCCGCAAGGCCGACAGGCUCUACGCCGUGAAGGUGAUGAAAAAAGCAGACAUGAUCAACAAAAACAUGGUUCACCAGGUCCAGGCAGAGAGGGAUGCGUUGGCUCUCAGUAAAAGUCCUUUCAUUGUGCACUUAUACUACUCACUUCAAUCAGCUAAUAACGUCUAUUUAGUGAUGGAGUACCUUAUUGGUGGAGAUGUCAAAUCUCUUCUCCAUAUUUAUGGAUAUUUUGAUGAAGAAAUGGCUGUUAAGUACAUUUCUGAAGCAGCAUUGGCUCUUGACUAUCUUCACAGGCAUGGGAUAAUCCACAGGGAUCUGAAGCCAGACAACAUGCUCAUUUCUAAUCAGGGCCAUAUAAAGUUGACAGACUUUGGGCUUUCCAGAGUUACCCUGAACAGAGAGAUAAAUAUGAUAGAUAUUCUUACUACACCAUCAAUGGCAAAGCCAAAACAAGACUACUCGCGUACUCCAGGACAAUUGUUGUCCCUCAUCAGUUCUCUGGGUUUUUAUACUCCUCUUGGAAUGAAAAUGCCAGAGCACAAUUCAAGUCCAUCAUCUGAAAGUCUGCAUGGUGUGGUUUCUCCCUUACCUGUGGUCCAAAAGGAAAAUACCCCUCUUUCAACUAAAUUAUUCAAAACCUGUCUUGAUACUUCUCAAUUAACUCCUGUGAUGCCAGUGAGAAGUUUAACUCCUACUCUACUUCAGUCAAGAAAAAGGUUUGGUACCUCCAGUGCUGGUAGUCGGUCACACACAUACUUGUCCAGUAUGGAAUCAGAAUGCAGCAGCAGCCCCAGGUGGGAGAAAGAUGUAGAGCAAAGUGAAGAUGAACUAUGUUCUACAACAGGCAAAACAAGUAACAGUGGGUCGCCUCUCCUUUCAAAUGUAGAAUUGCUGAAUAGCAAAGAUAUUGAAGUUUUAAAGAAAAAAGAACUGGAAUCUGUCAUUUCUCCCAUCGGCAGCAAUGAUUCUGGCAGUAAGCAGAAGUUGGGAAGUGAACAUCCUGAUAUAACAGAUACUCCUGUGACCACACUGGAUGCGAAAGGCUUAGUCAGAAAAUGUCUUUCUGAAAAUAAGGUUUGGGAAGAAAAAUUCUUCACAAAUAAAAGAGAUAUGAUUAAUGAAACAGCAGAAACUUCCAAUCAACAACAGUCACUUUCGAGGCAGAAUGAGCCUGUCAAGCCUAUCCAAGAGGAGGAAAUUUUUGAAAAGCCAGGUGUAAAAAGAACCUUUGAAUUAGUUGACACUAGUCCUUGUCAGGAACUUAACUAUGUUAAAAAAAGCAAUGCAGAAUAUAAACGUGGCUGUCAGAUCUCAGAAUUUCCAGCAAACAAAAGGUCAGGUUUGACAACGGAAAUUCAAUCCUUAAUGCUUUGUGAUGAUGGAUGCUUGCGUGACACCUGCAAAAGCAAGGAAGAAGUUAGGAGUUUUAUUGGUAAUCAGCAAACAGUAGAAAAAUCACUUACUCCAAUGAUAGCCAAAAAUCUUAUGUGUGAUCUGGAUGCAGACUAUGAAAAGGAUGACAAAAAGGAGUAUAUGAACUCAAGUUUUUUGGGCACUGAUGAUGAAAAACCUUUAGGAAUCCUCAGUGCAGAUUCUGACUUAUUUCCUGAAAUAUCUGUUACAGAAAGCCAUUUAGAAAAGCAGCUUUUAGAUUUGGACAAAAGCGUUAAAGACCUCUCCUUUGAGGAGCCAAAACCAGAAGGCAUAGUAAUAACAUCACCAGAGUCCCGAGAUGCCUCACAAGAUGGAAAGGAAACACGUACUCUCCAGGACUGCAAGCCGUUACAUCAUGAAAAGGAUAAUGACCAAACGCACAUGAAAGGAACUUAUCUUGACACAGUAUCUUCUCCUUCAGAAAAUAUGAUGGAAGCACUGAAUCUCUUUAAAAAGAAUGCUGUUGUUUUUCGAAGUUAUAAUAGUCCAAUUAAUAUAUCCAAUGUAUCUGAGCCAUGUAGCAUGGCUUCCUUAGAUGUCAUGGAUCUUUCACCUGCUUGUAGUGGCUCUUACCCAACAGCUAUUACUCCGUUACAGAAAGGAAGACCUUAUAGGGUCUAUCAGACACCUCGUCAGGGAGAUGCUGGCACACCGUAUAGGACUCCAAAGAGUGUAAGAAGAGGAGCUGCCCCAGUAGAAGGUGAACGCAUCCUAGGAACUCCAGACUACCUGGCACCUGAGCUGCUUUUGACAAAGCCUCACGGUUCUGCUGUAGACUGGUGGGCCCUUGGAGUUUGUCUGUUUGAGUUUCUAACUGGAAUUCCACCUUUUAAUGAUGAAACACCAGCACAAGUCUUCCAAAAUAUUUUGAAAAGAGAUAUUCCCUGGCCUGAGGGUGAAGAAAAGCUGUCUGAUAAUGCCCAAAAUGCAAUAGAUAUUCUUCUAACAAUUGACAGUACUAAGAGAGCUGGACUGAAGGAACUGAAACAUCACCCCCUCUUUCAUGGUGUGGACUGGGAUAAUCUACAGAAUCAAACUAUGCCGUUUAUACCUCAGCCGGAUGAUGAGACUGAUACCUCUUACUUUGAAGCUAGGAAUAAUGCUCAGCACCUGACUGUGUCUGGAUUUAGCUUAUAG